AUGGGCCUCUUCAACGUGCUCGUCUCGGGCUCGCUGCUGCCUUGGCGGUGGGGUGCCAAGCAGGAGACCGACUACGAGACGAUCCUCUCUGCGCUCUCAAAGGAGAUCAGCGAGGUCCAGUCCCGGCUGACGCAGAUCCGCACGCGCGAGAGGCGCGCCAGCGUCACCCUCACCCUCCAGGCCUUCCUCGUCUGGGCCCUCUACACCGCCGCCUGCUGGUUCUUUGGCCUGCUCAGCCUCAGCCGGAACGAGUUCGAGGAUGCAGGCAACGAGGGCGGCAGUAGCUACAACCUGUUCCUCGUCUGGAUGCCCGUCGUCCUGUCCCCGAUCCUCAUCAUCUUCACUCGCAAGAUUGUCCGCUUCUGGUACAGGCGCGUGGGAGCCGCAGAAGAGAAACACCUGGGCGAGCUGCGCCGUCAGCGGAGGGACAAGAUCGACGAGAUCAAGCGCGCGACCAAAUACGACCACCUGCGCAUGCUGCUCGAAAAGUACGACGAGACGCAGCCGCGCGGGCCCAAGGCGGCAGCGGCAGCGGCCUCGCCGAGUCCAGCACAGGGGCAGCAGCGUAAGCCAGCAACGCCUGGAGCUGCCCCUGCAAUCCAGCAGCAGCAGCAACAGCAGCAGCAGCAGCAGCAGCAGCAGCUGGGCGCUCGUCAGACAGGACCGCCACUCACGCCGGAGCAGGCUCGCAUGCAGGCCCAGAAGAUGGCGGCGAUGCGACAGCAGGGCGCGCUCGGUCCGCCCAGGCCGCUCCCGCCCUCGCAGCCGAUGCAGAGGACCUGGAUGGACAAGGUGGCGGACGCGGUGCUCGGCGCCGAUCCGAGCAGCGCCGGUCCGGAGCAAAAGUACGCCCUGAUCUGCUCUCGCUGCCACAUGCACAACGGACUGGCACUCAGGGAGGAGUUCCAGGAGAUCCAGUACAUCUGCCCGCACUGCGGACAGUUCAACAGCCGAAGGCCUUCGAGCGCCCCUCACUCGUCUCCCUUUUCGUCGCGGAUCAUCAACAACGGAGGCGGAUCCCAGGGGCCAGCCUCGUCGCCGGCGAUGGCGCAGCGACACCCGCUGGCCGAGAGCAGCACGGCGACCGGGGCAGGACCGGACUCGCCAGGCAAGGCCCACAGGGGCGGUGCGAAGGUCAACGACGACGACGACAACGACGACGCGGCGCCGCCUGCCAACCCGCUGGACGCUGCCAGCGACGGCGAAGACGACGAAGACGACGACGAUGGUCCCGUCACCAACAUCGACACGCCGUCCAAGAGCAAGGGCGAGGCCCGAUCGCUGAGGACGAGGAGGCGUGGCGCGGCCAAGGCCGACGACGGCAUGGAGCUCGACGAUUGA